GGCUGCUCCCCAAACAAGAGACGAUAGCAGUUUCUGCAGUUGCUUUAAAGGAUCAUAUAAUACACAGUCAUCAGCUCCAGGAUCUUUCAUUAGCAGAUCCUUUUAAGUCACCAGUAGUAGAUACUGGACUAAGAGAGCACUUCCACAAAGACAAGGAAGAUGCAGAAAAGGAGUAUGCUCUUGAUCCCAGUCCUCCACAGCUACUAUUAGCUUAGAAAUUAGGCCUAGUUAGCCUUUCCUUGCCACUAGGUGCUGAAGAAUGGGUAAAAAUAAAGCAGAGAUCCAUAUAGCAUGGAGACUCCAUACCCUGUGCAAUAUGCAGGGAAGAAUUUGCACUUCAGCCUCAGGUGCAGCUUUCAUGUUCCCAUGUAUUCCAUAAAGCAUGCUUGAAAGCCCUUGAAAAAUUUACAGGUAAAAAGUCUUGUCCUAUGUGUAGAAGAGAGCAGUAUCAGACCAGAGUAAUACAUAACGGGGCAUGCUUAUUGAAAAUAAAGUGCACUUCCAGAAUUCAAGCUUCCUGGAAAGGAUAUGUUGUUGGGAAAUGGUAUAAAUUGAGAAAAAUAGUGCCUACUAAAGACAGCAAAUUAAGAAAGCAAUUCUUUGAGACAAAGUUCACCUCGAUCAGCAAUCAACUGUUGAGUUCUUACAACAUCAACCUCGAAGAAUUUUUUUCUGAGAUAGAUUCUUCUAUAGCUGGAAGUCAAGAUGUGUUUCAACAGUUAGAAGGAAAAGAAAUACUAGUAAGUGAAACCGACUGGGAGAAGAUCCAGAUGCAGGUUGGUUGGUUUGGUUUUACUUCAGCAUUUCUGCAAGAGAUACCUGACUCUAUCUGUAUUGUGCCACUCAGUCCUCCCUUUCAUCCUGCCUCUCUCCCUUCUGGUAACUGCAAUCAGUUUCCACGACGGACUGUUCUGCUUUCUUGUUCACAUUUGUUUCAUCAAACCUAUCUUGAAGCAUUUGAAGAGUUUUCCUUAGGAGAGCAACAUCUUUGUCCUUUAUGUUGUUGAUGUUAUCCAAAGAAGAUCCUCACAUGUCGAUAA